UCCCUCACAGCAAAGCUGGGCAUGGUCAUGGAUAAUCAAUCAGGAAUGGCUUCGACUUGUCCAAGAGAGGUACGGGAGGGUCGGACUCCGCGGAGGUCGAGAUUUGGCUGCCGAAAUUGCAAGCUUCGGAAAGUCAAGUGCGAUGAAGGCAAACCACAGUGCAAGAGAUGUAGCUCAUUCGGAAUAUUAUGCAACUUCAUGUCUAACAUCCCCGACCUCCAGCCCGUCGCCGCUGACACAGGGCGGCCAUUGGUGGUUCGAGGAAAAGCAGAGCUUCAGCCCCCUCUCACAAAUGCUGUAUGGGCAUCUGACGCGUGGACAACCUAUCAAUUGAACUCAAAAUGUCAAGACUUCAUAACCCGGUACCUUGGACGAAGUCUCAUUACCCCAGACGACCCCAAUAUGAUACAAGUUAAUCGCAGGCUCCUGAAACUAGCCUUCACCUACCCUUUCUUAAUGCACGCCUCCCUAGCUGUGGCGCUUACAUAUGACCGCCAUUUGAAUGGCCCCUUAGGUUGUCGUCGCACUCUAGAAGAGUGUUAUCACUGGUCUCAAAGCACAGUUCUCUUGAACAAGCGGCUAAGAGAACCGAUUGAAGCGAAUGAUAAGGAUCCGAUCUGGGGUACCGCGGCUGCCCUGGUUAUCUUAACCUUCUCGUCCCCUGAUGCAUGCACACCGGAACAAGCGUGGCCUCUAAAGUCCUCCGACUCCUCCGACUUGGACUGGUUGCGAAUGAGCAAGGGUAAAAUGUCAUUGUGGCACAUGGUUAACCCGCUGCGACCGGACAGCCUUUUCCACGUCAUGGCGACGACCUUUGCUCAUAUGCAUUCACCAUUUCCAGAGGGAGGCAUUGAUGGUAUACCAAGCGCGUUAUCUGCCGUGUGCAAUCUCAAAGACUCAUCUACGGCGGAAACUAAUCCGUAUUUCCAUGCUGCCUACGCGGUAUCCCAGCUCCUGGACCUUCCGGAUAGCGAGGUCACAACAGGUCAAACGUAUCUCUUCAUGCGGAGUAUUCAUGGCCCUUUCGAAGACUUGCUCCGGCAAAAGGACCCUGCAGCGCUAUUGUUGCUCUAUCUAUGGUACGGCAAAGCAAGUCGCGGUAUAUGGUGGGUUGAACUUAGGGCUAGAGUGGAAUGUCCUUCUAUUUGCUUGUAUCUGCGACUAUAUCAUAAAGAGAAUGGUCCUAUACAGGCACUACUUCCGGGAGGAGCUCUCGCCGAUAGUUGGAAUUAG